AUGCUGCGAAUGGUCGGUUUUCUGGGAUUAUCUGGUCUCAAUAAGCUUGUAUCUGAGCCGAAGCCUCGUUGGAAUGUUGAUAAGGACGAUUGGGAUCUCUUUGCGGAGGUGUUCGAGUCAAAAAUUGGGGAUUCUAAACCCACGGGGAAUGUUGAUAGAGAUUUUGUUACGUAUCGCAGGGCUAUGACAUUGAGAGCGAUCCCGCGUGGCAAGGUUUUCAAUUACUCCGCCUCCUAUAAGGACCCUGAAGUUCGUGAGGCUGUCUCUAAGAGACAGAGCGCCAGUGAAGCUUAUAGAUUAAAUCCUACAGUAGAAAAUCAUGCUGCCGAUAAGAAGGCUAGGGAAAGGGCAGAGAGGCUAACAUGCAAGGCUCAGACAUGCAAAGAGAGACUACAAGUGCCCGGGAAGAAAUAUCUUUUGCGUGGUGAGAAGACUGUGGUGAAUGAGAAAGAUAUAGCUGACACAUUAGCCAGUCAUUAUGAGAGAGUAUCGACUUGUGCUGCAAAGCUGCUGAGCGGACUCUUCAAGGCUUGA